GAAAGCACUCAUUAUUCUCUUUAAUUAGUUGCCAAUAUGACGACCUCAUCAUCCCCGGCUAAACUCGCCCUAGUCUUCCUCCUCAUUUCCACUCUUCUCUUCACCUUCACCCAGGCAGCCACAUUUGAGAUCCGAAACCAGUGCCCUUACACUGUCUGGGCAGCCGCUUCCCCGGGCGGUGGCCAACGACUCGAACAGGGGCAAUCGUGGACUAUCAACGUGCCGGCAGGCACAACGAUGGCCCGAAUUUGGGGCCGUACCAACUGCAACUUCGAUGCCAACGGCCGGGGACAGUGUCAAACCGGUGACUGUGGUGGGCUCCUGCAAUGCCAAGGCUAUGGUUCCCCACCCAACACCUUAGCUGAAUACGCGUUGAAUCAGUUCAAUAACAUGGACUUUUUCGACAUCUCAGUCAUCGAUGGGUUUAACAUCCCCAUGGAUUUCAGCCCCACCACCGGCAACUGCCGGGGCAUCAGAUGCGCAGCUGAUAUCAUCGGACAGUGCCCAGCUGAACUCAAGACCCCCGGAGGCUGUAACAACCCAUGCACUGUGUAUAAGACUGACCAGUACUGUUGCAACUCUGGCAGCUGUGGACCCACACCCUUGUCCCAGUUCUUCAAGCAAAGGUGCCCAGAUGCUUACAGUUACCCCAAGGAUGAUGCCACCAGCACAUUCACCUGUCCUGGUGGUACUAACUAUCGGGUUGUGUUCUGCCCAUGAGAUGAGAUUAUACAAGACGGAGAUUCUCUACAAUAACAUCUCUGAAUCUGACUUUGGCUAUGGUUGUUGUAGCUUUUCACAGACUGGUAUUGCAAAAUAAAGUGUGCCUUGAUAUAUAGCACUGCACCUGUUUUUUGUGUUGAGUUGCUGUUAAUUAAUAAUUAUGGUGUUACGCAUAUAAUAUUCAAAGUUACCUUAUUCUAUAUA